AUAUAACAGAAGAAAAGAAAGAAAGUGGAAGGAAUAUAUGCAGUCAGUUAUAGAUGAAUUAGGAAAAUGGUGUUAUUGGAAGUGGGAGUAGUACCCUCAAUCUGUUGUUUGUUCCACACUGGAUUUAGAAGACCAACAACAAAACAUUUGUAUCUCCACUUCAGAUUGAAACCCUCACUUUCAAAUUCAAUAACAAACAUGGCAUUGACGAAUAACAACAACACCAACACCAACACCAAGAGGAAGCUUCCAAUUCUGCUAUUUGAUAUCAUGGACACCCUUGUUCGUGACCCUUUCUACCAAGAUGUCCCUGCCUUCUUCGGAAUGUCUUUCAAGGAACUCAUAGAUUGCAAGCACCCUACAGCCUGGCUUGAGUUUGAAAAGGGUUUCAUUGAUGAGAUGGAGCUGGCAAGAAAUUUUUUUAAGGAUGGAAGGGAUUUUGAUUUAGAAGGCCUUAAAACUUGUAUGAGAAGUGGAUUUUCAUACAUAGAAGGCAUUGAACAAUUGCUUCUUGUCUUAAAGCAACAUAACUAUGAAAUACAUGCAUUUACAAACUAUCCUAUAUGGUUUAGCUUUUCAUGGCAUUCUACAGAAUGUAUUUAUUGUAGGUACCAGUUGAUUGAAGACAAGUUAAAACUAUCAAAAUAUUUAUCUUGGACAUUUUGUUCGUGUAUACAUGGAAAGAGGAAGCCUGAUACUGAAUACUAUAUGGAAGUUCUGAGUCAUCUUAAAGUUGAUCCAGCAAAUUGUAUUUUCGUAGAUGACAGGCAAGAGAAUGUGGAAGCAGCAAUUGAAGUUGGCAUCAGAGGUGUACAUUUCAAGAAUGUCAAUGUACUGUGUGAAGAAUUGUCAUUGAUGGGGAUUGACAUAUCAACAGAUGAAGAUUGAUAGCUUAUUUUCUUUGAUUAUUUGUCUUAAACAACACCAAUUUAUUUUUCCUGGUCGAAAGGGUAUAUAAUAUACCAUUGUUAAAAUGACUUCUGAAUUUUUUAUCCUUACAAGGAUCUUUCUUGAUCUUCUCAGCUAUUAAGUGUGCUUAUAGGACUGAGAAUAAACUCGGUGUAUAGACUCAAUAUAAAUUGUAUAGUUGUGCCAGAUAACUUAAGUCAAUUGGCAU